AUGGGAAGGGCAUUGUGCACCAGGACGACCUGCGCCCCGAGAACGUGCGGUACGCCACAAAGGAUUGAGGAAGAUUCGCGCGUGGUGGUCACGGAUUGGUGUUGCUGCGAGUACGUGGCGACGCCGCCGGAGGCCUCGCGCAGGGGGCUCAUCUUCAGCGACUACUCGGCGCCGGAGCUGGAGCCAGAGAGGCGCACGGACCGCUCCGACAUGUGGAGCAUCGGCGUCAUGGCCCACGCCCUCCUCAGAU